CACAACAAAUCCGGUUAACGUCGUAGAAAAUAAUCCGAUCUAUUGAACCAACAGUCUACCCAGUCGAUUCGCGAUUAUCGCUCUCAUUUGCACUCUAAUCUCCCACUCUCUGCUAUUCUGAUAUCAGCUCGUGCUACUUGAAUUAUUUUCCGUUUGGAAAAGAAUACUCCCGAGCACUAGUGGCACGACGUUCUCCGGGUUAUCGCUGCGAUUGAGACCGAGUUAUCACAGUAACAACUAUUGCCCGAUGCUGCGACACGUUUCGGUUGUCUUUGUGCUGCUGUGGGGAUCGAGCUUGAAGGCUGAGGCACCUUGCAAGUCAUCGCCAUGCAUCAACGUUGACAUUUAUUAUGAAUCUCUCUGUCCAGACAGUGUCAGAUUCAUUAAGUAUCAAUUUGUGCCUUCAUACUUCGAACUGAAGGACUAUCUCAACGCUAACUUUGUGCCCUAUGGAAAGGCCAGUCAAAGACAAGAUGAAUCCGGGAAAUGGUUGUUCAGCUGUCAGCAUGGACCCUCCGAGUGCCGUGGAAAUAAAGCGCAAGCCUGUGCCUUAGAUGUCAUUCAGAAUUUGGAAACAGUAAGUUUCGCUGACAAACAAUCUCUGGCAGUUAAGCUCGUCAAAUGUGCAAUGGCCAGUGGCAAUCCAUCGGCAGCUGUGCCACAGUGCGCCAGAAAUAUGGGAUGGACCCCAGAGAUGAGAAAGGACAUAAGUAAUUGCAUGGAAACGUCUCACGGAGACAAUCUUCUAGCGGCUCACGGUGAUAAGACACACAAUCUCAAGCCACCGGUAUCAUUCAUACCCACUAUCGUCCUCGAUAACGUGUACUCAGAUGCCAACCAGAAUGCGGCACUCGUCAACUUCAAGAAACUUAUCUGCCAGCGAAUCCCAAACAAACCGCCCACCUGUGCAAAUUAAAUUAAUUGAACACGAUGUUUUUUCAAUUUCCCCGGCAAUAAAUGGAAUUAUCUUAA